UCUCGCGAGACAAGGGAGAGUACUAUCGGGACGGUUGCGGGUGUCUUUUUGGAACACGUGGGCGUGCUUGGAGUUUGCUGGGUCGCAUUUCACUGCUGUACCUAUGGAAGAAGCCAAACCGAGUCCCGGGCAUGGAGUGGAGGCAGAAACCGGACCCGAAUGGAAUAUUCCGCCCAACGCUCCCGCCUGCAUGGAGCGCCACCUGGACGGGGCCCAUUACCGAUCAGAUGGUUCUCUGCUCCUGGGAGCAUCCAGUUUGAGUGGACGUUGCUGGGUUGGUUCCAUUUGGGUAUUCAAAGAUACAUCAAGAGCUCCUAAUGAAGGCUUUUGCUCUGCGGGUGUUCAAACUGAAGCAGGAAUAGCAGAUCUGAAGUGGGUAGCAGACAAAGGAAUCUUGGUAGCAUCAGAUUCAGGUGCUCUGGAAUUUUGGGAGCUGGAUGAGAAUGAGACUCUGAUAGUGAACAAAUUCUGUAAAUACGAGCAUGAUGACAUUGUGACAACUGUGAGUGUUGUUUCCAACAACACACAGGCCAUCAGUGGCAGCAAAGAUUUCAGUGUGAAGAUCUGGGAUAUUCCUCAACAAACAGUACUCGGCACAUAUAAAGCUCAUUCUGGUCAAGUGGCUUGUGUGGCCUCCUGCCCUGGAAAGGAUACAGUGUUCCUGUCCUGUGCUGAGGACAGCAGGGUUUUACUCUGGGAUACCAGAUCUCCAAAACCAGCAUCUCGAAUUGCCUGCAAUGCCUCUUGUAAUCUUUCUACCUCACUGGCAUGGCAUCCACAUCAAAACGACACUUUUGUUUUGGGUGACGAAAGUGGGAUGAUUGUACUUAUAGACACAAAGAAUCCAGAUACCAUCAUCAGUUCAACUGUGCAUUCCCGUAGUAUCACAGGAUUUGCUUUUUCUGCACACAGUUCACCUCUGCUGGGUUCUAUCAGUGAAGAUUGUUCUGUUGUUGUCCUUGACUCCAGUUUUUCAGAAGUUUUUAGGAAUCGGUCUCAUCGAGAUUUUGUAACAGGUUUAUCAUGGUCUCCCUUGAAUAAAAACUCAUUGACAACAGUUGGAUGGGACCAUCAAGUUCUACAUCACACAAUCCCAAUGCAGAAUAACCACCGUUCUGGGAAAAAUGAUAUCACUGCAUAGUUUGUACUUCCUUGGUCCUUUCCUCUGGAAUAGCUCUUUUUGUGGGGAGAAACAAUGGGGCUAAAUAAUGUUCCAUGCAGCAAAGAAUGGUCCUAUAACAAUUUCACAGGAGUUGCCUUCCAGCUGCUUAUUACAGCCAGUCAAAUUCUGCAACAAACGGAAGUUUUAUAGUGAUUUGGACAAUAAUACAAAUCCUAAAAGAAUUGGUUUCAUUUAAUUUUUGUGGGCAAUACUUUAUACAACCUCGAGAGUGUUGCAGAUGCAUUUUGGUUUUUGUGUGUAUUUUUUUUUACUGUGAAAUAAAUCUUACAAUGCUUUCUGGACUUGCCUUCCAGAUUUUGACUGAAUUUAUAAUUUAAUAUACUCAGUUCGCAUAGUACCGUAAAUGCCGGCAUAUAAGGCGACUUCCGCGAGUGCUAAAAUCGGCGCCAAAGACGGGGGGUCGUCUUAUACGCCGGAAAUACUGGUAGUUUCCGGUGUAUAAGACGACGUUCUAGGAAUGCGGCCCGGCUAUAAAGACGGGGGUCGUCUUAUACGCCGGGUCGCCUUGUACGCCGGCAUUUACGGUAUAUACAUCAAUUGUGAGACUGCUUCAAUUUGGCAUAUUUUAAUUGGGGAAUCUUCCUAGUGUGAAGCAAAAAAACCUUCCAAUUUCCUGCUACAAUUCUUAUACAUUCAACUGUAUAAUAGAAUUCAAUAGUUUUCUUGGAUUUAUGUUUCUUGAACAGCAAUUCUUUCCACCGUUGUCUAGCAUACAUUGCAGACAAAACCCUCACCUGUAACAAUAGCAAGAUGCAUGCAGAAUAAUUUUUGUCUUAACUUCAGUAGGUGCUGUUUAAAAAAGGGCAGAGAUGAGUUGGAAAAAAAGUUGGUUGGAAAAAAAAAAAGAGUUCUGCAUAGCAUAUUUUGUUGGACCUGACCCAGCCUUCCAAGUUUCCUUUUUAAAGUCUACAUCCUUCCCUAAAGAGAGGCCACUUCAGAAAGCCACUGUAUUUAGAACUUCCAUAGUUUUUUCCGGCACAUACUUAAUAUUUCAUUCUACUCCACCACCACCCCCAGCUUUUUGAUAAGUAAUAUAACAAAAAUGGUAUUCUUGUAAGUUCUAUUUAUCUUGAAGUAAAGUGCAGUUUGCCUUUAAGUUGUCUUAACAAUCCUCAUUAGAUAAGCCUUCCCAAAUGGGCUUUCUCCAAAUACAUUGGGAUUGCUCUUACUAUAGUUCUAGGAU